CGUGGCUGGCGCGGGCGCAGCACCCGGAAGUAGCGGCCGGCGGCGGGUGCCCCGGCUUGGGCGCGCCGGGGGAGGAGGAGGAGAAGAAGAACGGUGGUGGUGGUCCGGCCUCCCGGCUGACCUAAACUGAUUUUUUUUUCUAAACAUCAUGGGAGAGAUUAAAGUCUCUCCUGACUAUAACUGGUUCAGAAGCACAGUUCCCCUUAAAAAGAUAAUCGUAGACGACGAUGACAGUAAGGUCUGGUCACUGUAUGAUGCAGGACCCAGGAGCAUUCGGUGCCCCCUCAUAUUUCUCCCUCCCGUAAGCGGAACCGCAGACGUGUUUUUCCAGCAAAUUUUGGCACUGACUGGAUGGGGCUACAGAGUUAUUGCUUUGCAGUAUCCAGUGUAUUGGGACCACCUGGAGUUCUGUGACGGAUUCAGAAAACUGUUAGACCACCUUCAGCUGGAUAAAGUUCACCUUUUUGGAGCUUCUCUGGGAGGUUUUCUGGCUCAAAAAUUUGCCGAAUACACACACAAAUCUCCCAGAGUUCAAUCUCUGAUCCUGUGUAAUUCCUUCAGUGACACGUCUAUCUUCAAUCAGACGUGGACAGCAAACAGCUUUUGGCUGAUGCCUGCUUUUAUGCUGAAAAAAAUUGUCCUUGGCAAUUUUGCAUCUGGUCCUCUAGACCCCGAGAUGGCGGAUGGGAUCGAUUUCAUGGUGGACAGGCUGGAGAGUUUGUGCCAGAGCGAGCUCGCUUCAAGACUCACCCUCAACUGCCAGAACUCCUACGUAGAACCUCAUAAAAUUCGAGACAUCCCUGUAACCAUCAUGGAUGUGUUUGACCAAAGUGCGCUUUCGACGGAAGCGAAGGAAGAAAUGUAUAAGCUUUAUCCCAACGCCAGGAGAGCUCACCUCAAAACAGGAGGCAACUUCCCCUAUCUCUGCAGGAGCCCUGAGGUCAACCUUUAUAUUCAAAUCCAUUUGCUACAGUUCCACGGUACCCGCUACGCGGCCAUCGAUCCCUCCAUGGUCAGCGCCGAAGAGCUGGAAGUCCAGAAGAUCAGUCUUCACACCAGCAACGAGCAAGAGGAGCAGUAGGUUUUGGGGUGCUGGUGACAAGGAGGAACCAGUUUGGUCUUCCUGUGUCCAAUCAACUCUUCCCACUCUGCCUUUUCCCUUCUGUCGGCCGAUUAUCACUGUGUGAUUCCAACGGGAUCAGCAGUCGGUGAAGGACCCGCAGUCAGAGACCUCCAGGGAUAGAGCUGUUUCAUUUUUAGUCUUUGAAUUCAAGGAAGCAUCUCUCAAGACUACAGUUUUAAAGACAAAAGACACUUUUGCUACCAAAGUCUUCACUAUCAUGUUCUUAAGCAGAACAGUAUUUCUUUUUAUAUUUUUCACUGGGCUGUAUAUAUUGCCACGUGCAGAUUGUGUACUUAUAAGCUGACCUAUAUUUUUGUUGAAUAUUUGAUUUAAAAGUUGUUUAAGUGCCAACGUUGCCAUCACUUAUUUGCUUUACAUGUUGUGUUUAAGUUAGUUUCUAUCCGAAAUAAAGCGUUUGACUUUUUAACUUUCUUGCUGUUAAAAUGGUUUUCAAUAAAACUUCCCUUUCAGUAA